UUCGCUAGUUGAACGUGAACGUGUGAGGUGGCAUGCCAAUCGGUUCGGUCGUUUAGUAGACGCAGAAAGUGUUUGUUUGUUUGUUGUCGUGUUUUUGUUUUAUUUUCCGACCCACUGUGCUGGUGUGCGUGAGUGUGAGUACUCAAAGUGUUUGUUGGUGUUAAUGAUUAGCGUUUUUUUUCUGUGUGACGUGAGAGCGCCGAAUUUGCGGCUAUAUCACGCGAGUAAACAAUCAAAAUGUAAACAAAAACAACUACAAACUGCUUCUGUAGCGUUUGUUUAGCGCAAAGGUGGUAGGGCAAAAGUAUUGGGGCUACACAUUUCGAUCGUCGCAGCACACACACAAGCGCAUACUGAGCUUGCGCUCGCGAAACUCUCUCAAGCGCUCUCUGCCGCUACCGGUCAAGCGCUACAUUGCAUUCAUGUUGUUGCUAACGUCAUUUUUGCACUCUAUGCUGCGGCUUCCCCUCCGCCGUCUUUUGUUGUGGCUGUGUGUGGAAACUGAGUCGCUGGGUCGAUAUGUCGAUCGGCGCUUGGAAAUGUGUGCAGUGAAGUCUGACAAAAGCAUCUGCUCAAUUAAAUGCGAUAAAAAUGAAAUGAAUAAAAUAAAUGUGUAACCUGCAAGUACAAACUAAAACUGUAACAACAACAAUAAAGCGCAGCAACAACCACCAAAAAGCGAAACAGAAAAGCUUAGCGUUCGAGCGUCGUUGCAAAAGCACACAAGCCGUAAGCAGCAAGCAGCUGCAGCACUGUCAAUGCGAAACGAUAUUUGUAAUAACAACAAUACCUACUACAACAACAACAGCAACUCAUGUAAAGCGCAUCAUUUGAAUGCGCUGCCUCAGCUGCUCGUUGCUUAGCAAAAUUUGCACAGCGCUUUAGUGCUUGAGGGUGUGUGUGUGUUUGCCUGUAACUGCUGGAAGCUGCGACGCUCAAGUGCCGUGUUCGCCGCAGCCGUCAGUGGGCCAGCGUUGAGUUGCUUUAGCAACGCCAACAUUCUGUACUGUGUAGUCUGGCGUUGUGCGCGAAAUUGUGAGGUCGUCGUCGUUGUCGUUGUCACCAUCGUCUUCGUUCGAUAUUUUUGGUGUGCGUGCGAAAUUAUUUUGUAGUGAAUUUUCGAAAAACAACAAAAAAGGGAUUGUAGUGAAAUUAAAUGUUGGCUUAGACCAAAUAUAGUGUGUGGAUUGGAAAAUUGUAUACAAUGUAGUAUUUACAUUUAAGGCAGUGCUUUUAAACAGGUUAGCAGUGGAAAAUUUAUUAAAUACUAAACAAUAUAAAAUCCUGGGAAAGUGUUUAGACAUUUAAAAAACGCGAACAUUUUCGGAAAUCUCAUAAAACGCUUAGAAGUGAAGAUUUUUGAUCAGUUUAACAAUAAUACAACUUCCGGAAUUGGAUCUCGAUUUUUUAAAUAUUUUUGUGUGUCAAUGAUUACCUCUGUGGUGUGCUUCUUAUAAUGAUAAUUAUCUCAUUUGUGUGUAAAAGGAAAUGUCUAAAUCAAUUACUGUGAAAUUCGAAGUGAAUUUAAAUUUAAUUUCUUGCAACCAAGCAUUGGAAACUGUAUUAUGAUGUCUAUUGAUGGGAUCCUUUGAAGAGAAAAAAACAUCGCGUGAACAUCGUCUCUCUAAUGUGAUAAUUUGCAAGUCUGCUGUUUAAAUGCUGUGAGAUCCCCCACUAACUGUCGCCUUCUGGGUGUGUGUGAUUGCAUUUUCUAACAGUUAAAGGUAGAAAAACCAAAAAAAAAAGUUUGAAUAAAAUACUUAAAUAAUUAUUAAGAGCAAUACUUCAAGUGAAAAUUAAAUAACUACAAUAUUGAUAAACAAUGAAAUACGAAGAAAAAAAUAAAAGAAGUGUUUGUAAACAUAAAAUAAAAUUCUAAAAAUUACAAAUAUUGCUCAAAAUGUCAGCAUUAAAUUAAAAUUAUUACAAAAAUUUUAUUGCGCCAAAAAUGGCAUAUUACAACAAGAAAAAAAAAAUGAUUAAAAAGUAAUUAAUCUGAAAAAAAACUAAAACUAAUUACUUUGAAUGGUGUUUUUCAUAAACAAAUAUGCAAAAAUUAAAAUAAUAAAUUUGAAGGCGUAUUCUUGUACCAGCUGCAUUUCUACGGCGGGCAAAUUUGUAAGAUAAAAACAACAAUGAACAUUUCUUGUCACGUGCGUGCAAUUGUGUAAUGUUCUAAACAAUUUGGAAGCAAAAUACAUAGAUAAAGCAAAAACUCUAGCAAUUGCGACAACAGUAAAACGGGAAUCCAAAAAAUAACACACACAAACAAGAAAAGAGAUGAAAUAAUAAUAAAAUAAUGUAAUUAAAAGCGCUACCACAGCUGAAGCACAAAUGCGUUCAAGAUAUAAUUUCGCUACACGGCAGGCAUAAUUGAAUGUAACCAACCCCGCCAGUUAGCAAAGCAACAAGAGUACACGAGUACGUGUAUACAACAACAACGGUCUGUGCCUGUCUGCUUGACUGCCUCUCUGCGCUUUACAUUGUGUGGCUACUCAGUCAACAUUGUUGUAGUCAGCGCUCAGUGGUGAGCACCAAUCAAGCAAGCCAGUCAGCAAGCAAAAUCGUUCAGUUUAGCAACUAACUGAUUGACUGGCUCUUCACAUUUGUUGCUGUUGUUUCAUUAUAUUACGGACGUCGACAGCGAAGUCAACGUUUUUUACAACAAGCGCACAACAAUACAGACAGCUGUAGCUGGCAGAAUGUGUCGAUGACGAUGACGCCCGACCGCUUGGAUUGACUGACUGAGUCACAGCGGCAGUUCAUGCCUUCAUUGUUUAUAGCGCUCAAUAGUCAGAGUGCAGUGUUGUUGUUCUUAUUAUUGUUUUGUUUGGAGCACAUAAACACACACACCAACAGCAACAGCAACAAGAACAACACAAACAUACAACGAACUGUGUUGGGGAGCUUCGUUUGUUGGCUAGCGUUGACGUUGGCCGGCAGUUGCAUUCGACUCGCCAACGGAACGGGUCGCGUCUACAGUCUACGUGAGUCGGUCUCGCCGAGUGGUAGUGAGCACGCGUGUCGUUAAGGUCGUCAACGCGAAUUUUUUUCCGCUUAGCGAUACCCUUACAGCCAAACGCACAGCCGUACAUAUAUAUAUCUGAAUAUAUAUAAAUGUUUUGUCGUCAGCAGCAGCAGCGUUGUCAACGGCGUCAUUAGCAGUCGAGUGUGUGUGUACGUGCGCGUAAGCAGUGCUUUUGGGGCUGUAGAUCAUGCCAAAUACGGGCCGGCAGUUGACAGGCUAGCACAGUGUGAAUUAGAAUAGAACCAAGUGACAACGAGUUCUGCUUGGUUUGGCAAUUGAAAUCCGGUGUGUGUAUGUAAAUAAACCAAGUGUGCAGCGUUAAGCAAAGCAAAAGCCAGAAAAAAAUUGCAAAAACAUGCAGAGAAGAGUGAAAACUAAAAAGUGUGUGAUUUUCGUAAGGAUUUUGAAGUGUUCACGGCAAAAUAUAGAAGAGUUAAUUUUUGAAGUGAAACGAGAAUAAAAAGUAUAAAGGCAAACACAGGCAAGCAAGUGCACUCGAGUUAUCAAGAAUAACAACAACAACAGCAAUAAUAAAGUGUAGUGCGUACAACAUUCCAGUAGCAAAGCAGAGCAAAAGCAACAACAACAAAUAAAAUAAAAAUUUAAACGCGUUCACUGUGUGUGUGAGCGACCAAUUUCAUUGUGCUGUGCGCAGGCGUGCACGCCCUUCCCUUGCGGCAGCUGCGCCCAGAAAGCAGCAGCAAUAACAAAAAAAAAUACUACAACAAAAAAAGCAAAAUCGCAGUGCUAUUGUGUGUUCCCUCGUCGUUAAACAAUUCAUUUCUGUUUUUGUUGUUUUUGUGAUUUGUGUGUGUUGUAUUUUUUUUGCGCGCGCAUUCGCUCAAAUCACCGAUUGUUGUUGUUGUUUGCCUAGCGAAAUGACUGAUUCCAUAAAAUUAUCCGAAAUGCAACGCAGCAGUAUCGAAUUCGAACGUCAACGACACUUGGCCAACUGGUUUAUCAAGAGUAGCCCGCACAUGGCAACACCAACGACUGUCGCCAGCGUUGCAACAACAACAACAACGGCAACAGCAGCUGGUGCAACAACAGAUAAUACAACAGCUACUACCACGACAAGCGGCGCAGCAGUAGCAACAACAAUAAAAAACACAACAUCGUCAACAACAAAUCUAGUAGGUGGCAACCAUACAAAUGGCAUGUCGUCGUCGUCAGCCGCCGCACAUCAUCAGCAACAGCAAUUGAAUGCUAAGCAUCACAGCAGUUGUGGUGGUGGCGUCGGCAGCGGUAAUCCACCGCCUCCUGUCUUUUUCAAUCUUGUCAAUGGCAGCAAGCACAGCAGCAAUGCGUCACCGGCUGCUACAGGUGUUGCUACGCCGCCCAAUGCGAUAAGUGCUGUCUCCGGCGGUCCGUUAGGCCAUUUCGCAGCCGUCGAGGGACGUAAACCGAAAUUGCGGCGCUUCAACUCGCACGACACUAGCGCCAACAUGUUCUCCGUGGCGGAUUUCGAGAAUGCAAGGCUGGCGCGACGCAAUGAAAUCGAAAUGAAACAGCGUUUGGCACGACGCAUGCGCAUGAGUGCCGGCGGCGGUUACUGCUCGGCAGCCGGUGGCGGUAUGGGCGCGAAUCUGGCCGGUGGCAAUGGUUGCGGGCUGGGCGCUAACGGCAAUGGCAACGGGUUGGGUAAUGGUGGCGGUAGCGGCAGCAUGUGUGGUGGUGGCGAUUACUCCACCGGUGACAGCAAAGCAUCCAAAUACAGCAAUGAGUCUCAACACGAGCCAUUACCUGCGGAUAUCUUUCUCGAUCGCUACACGCUGCCAAGCGUUGUGCGCAUCUCGUAUAAAACGAAGUUCUCCGAUGAGACGCUGCAGUCAUCUUCUUCGAAUGGCUCGUCCACAGCCACGACACACACCACCGGCACCAGCGCCUCGAACUCAUCGGUGAGCGCUUGCGGCAUGACGGUGGCCAUCAACACCGGUACCUCCUCAUCGACGGCCUCCUCAAGCGGUAAUGUGAAUGCGCAAAGCUCGGGUGCUACGAAUACGAGCAGCAGCGGUGAAAGAGUGCACAGCAAGCACUCCACAUCGCAUGGCACAACAUCAACUGCAAACACUGCAGCCGCGGCAUCAGCAACUCAGUCAAAUACAGCAAUUAACGGUAAUGGCAACGCCGAUGCGGAUCAUCGCGAUCACGGUGAGCUGUUCCUGCUUUAUCGGCUAAUACGCCAGCGUCACAUAUUUCAUGGGCAUAAUGCCAAAACGGCGGCGGCGAGUCGCAAGAAAGGUGUGCUGAUACCACAAGAGUUUCCAGGCUACUUUUCGCUGCUCAACGACAAAGGUAUCACCACAGCCACGCUUUACACCUCACUGAUACAGCUCGUGCGGGAGCGAGUGUACAAAUUCGUCUCAGUCGACAAUAUGCCCGCCUUCACGGAAUCCCAACCCAACGUAAAUAACCCACCCACAGAGGGUUGCAUACCAAUAUAUACCCAACCACCGCCACCACCGACCAACAAUCGACCGCAGUAUGUGAAGACGACAGCACGUGGUGGUCAAGUCUUUCGACUGCUGGCUGUUUUCGAAGAUGGAAAGCAAGAUCACGCAACAAUCGGUUGUACCGGUGGUGUAACAACAAAAGCGAAUAACAAUCAUGGGCGCGAGAAGGAGAAGGGACGCUAUGCGCAGUUGCUGAACGAGAACCGACAGGUGCUGUAUGUGUCGCUCUCCACGAAGGGCAAGUUUUACGAGAUCGAACCGGGCAUACCGCAAAUACUGCAGAAACUCGGUGGUAUCGGCAAUGAGGCGAAUAAGAAAGUCAAUCCGGAUUGUGUGCAUCGCAUUACGGCGCUGAUAACGCCACAGCGAGAGUUGCCGUUAACACUACGCUACAUAUCAGGCCCGCAGGGUUGUAGUAGCGCGAUACCCGAGAAUGUUUGCAUCACGCACAUAACCACUGAAAAUGUGGUGAUCGCCUGUCCCAUCGAAGAUGUGGAAGUGCAAAGUCCACUGCAUUUACGCAAGCUGCAUCUAUCCAAAGAGAUGAAUUUGUUGAAGAGCUCACUCGGUUUCGAGAAUGAACAACGCAUGCUGGCGAAUCCGAAUGUGCAAAAUAUAUUGAAGUUCUGUCAAUUCAAUUGUGAUCAAUUUUUGAAGAUGGUUGAGGUGGAGAUAUUGCACCGCCCUGAGCGCUCUGGUUCGAAGAGUCGCGGUGAAGGUUUGAAAAUUUUGAAGCCACUGCACCUACCAAAGCUGUUGCGACGUGAAAAAACCACAAUACCGGCACAUGAGAAGGAAGAUUCCAUAAUCUUUCUCAGCAAAUCGGAUCUAGCCAAUCUGGAGGCGAAGGAGGCCGCAGCACAGGCUGCCUUUGAAAACGCUGCAGGCAGCACAAACCGCAUUAGCGAUAAGAUGAAAGUUUUUCAGUCGACGAAGAAAAAAUGGUUCCGCAAACAGGACAAACAUGCUGCGCACACAAUGACCUCCUACGAACUUGAUGUGCAAGCGAAGCGCAUGAGCAUGGAAAGAUACUCGGAUAUGUCGAAGCUGUUGCAGGAACGUUUCGGCGACAAACCAAAUACGCAGCCACAAGACGCGCAUGAAUCCAUUUCGGAACCGAGUGGCGGCGCUUCAGAUAUUGGUUGCUCGGACACGGAGACCACUACGCUGGCGACCAUCGAGGAGAAAUUCAAGAAAGUCGAAACCAAUGGCAGCAAAUUGAUAACCAAAUCGAUGUCUCUGCAGGAUAUUGAGCUUAUUAGCGGCGGCGCCGCAGCACGCAAGCCCGAUUUGCUACCCAACACCGAUACCAUCUCCGAGGCGGGCACCGAUCUGGAAGAUCUCGAGAAUCAAGAUCUCAUGCCACAAUCUUUUAUAACCGAAAAGCUUUAUAAUGAGUUUCACGUCAAAACGCGGCAGUACAGCAAAUCGUCCUCAAGUCUGCAUCAGCUUUUGAACUUUUCAUUACCGCAGAAAAUGCAGUUACACGACAACAAACGUUCCUUGGCGCAGUUGAAGCACAAUGGAAAUAACGGCGUGUUCGGAACAAAACCAACAGUAGGCGAUAGACGACUUGAUUUUAAUAUCGGCGAACCCGUGACUGGUAGACGUGCCGCUGGCGGGCUUUCACUGCUUGCAGGCAACGGUGGUUUGGGCCACUCAAGCAAUCCCACGGCGCUCGCCUCACCGCUCACACCCACCAGCCUAAUUGACGACCUGCCCUACUCGAGCGUGCGCGAUUCGCUGGUGCUCUCAAGCGACGAAUCGGCUUCGGAAAAUCCAACGGGCAACAUUUGUCAGGCACUCAACAUGAUCGACUACAACAAAGAGAAUAUCUAUGCGGAAAUAUGUCACGACAAUAUUAGUCAUAAUGCAGCAGCAACAGCUGGCACCAUGGUCUCAGCAAUGGGCGGCAUUUGCACAUCCGCCACACGUGACACCUUCUCGGCUGAAACACACUCCACGCAGAUCUCGGACGAUUACGGUGACUACGCAUCGCUGACAUACACCACAAUCGCACAGCCGUUGAACGGCAGCGGACGCAGCGCAAGCAUCGCCAGCGCCUUGAGCAAAUCAACAAGCGGUCAGACUGUGGUCAGCGCAACAGCACCCCCAGCAGGUCUGGCUAUCAGUCGCGUACAAAUCAAUUGCAACUCUGUCAGUCCGGUGAGCUACCACACGGUGUAUUUGGGCGAUGAGCCGCUCAACAACGACAAACAACGCGAACGCGCCGCAAGGCGUGGCAAAGUGGGCAACAAGAGUCGCGCGCAUGUCACCACAGUGGCGCUGGAAGGCAACUCAACAUCGGUCAACGACUCGCACCAAAGCAGUAACGGCGGCAGCAUAGGCGCUACCGCGGCGAGUCUUGCAAACGAACUGGAGGAGGUGGCCGACAAUAUUUACAAUACACUGAAAUGAUGACUAAUGUGAUUUAGUUGGAAAUUGGGUGCAUCGGUGUUGAGCAUGAUCAGCAACGGCAAGGGGUUCUAUUGAGCCGCCGGAAACGUUGCCAAAACACACUUGCUCAGCAGAAAUUUAAACUGAGUGCGUGAGAACUAGUGAUUAAAUGUAAUUUAAUAUUAAACUACGAUUCGAACUGCUCGAAAGAGGAAACAAAUAUGUGAUGUUUAGGGUUUUCUAAGAGAUAAUGAUAAAGGUGCGUUUAGAAGGUAUUUUUUAAAUAUUGAAGAUACUUAUUAAUAUGGCUUUAGCUUAGUGUGUGGAUGGCGAGGGAUUUUGUAUUAAUUAAGUGUAAUAGAUAUAGAGAAAUAUAUAUCGAAAAAAAUAUAGUUUUACCUAAGAUGAACUCGAAGACAUUCAAAAAGUUCGAAAUUUAAUUACAUACAUUACGAUUCAUUAGUCGAGAAAAAAUUAGCCAGAAAGCUUGUGAGAGCUUCAUUGAGUGAAUUUUUGUGAAAAAGCGGUGCAAAUUGCUUUUUAAAAAAACUUUAUUGAGAGGUAGUUUUAGAUAGAAGAGUGAGAAAUUGCGUAAUUUUUGAUGACUUUCUAUAGCUUUCGAAUCAAAAGUUCUUCUUUCUUUCCUCUUAUAUAAUAUUAUUAUUUUAUAUGCUCUCAAUUUAUAUUUGUCUCUGGAAUUAUAUCUCUCACUAUCACCCGUUUGCCUAAAAAAAACUGCUGAAAUGGUUUUGAUAAGCUCAAAUUGAAGCUUUCGAGCGUGCUUAACUCUCUGAAGCUUUCACAGAUGAGAGAAACACACUUUCACUCUCGAAUGCCCUUCUCGAUGUUUUCUGGCUAAUUUCAACUCCAAUUUCUGAACGGAGAAUUUUUUUCUUUUAAACAGUAUUGCAUAUAAAAAAAAAAUAUUCAUUAUUUACAAUAACCACUACAAAAUAUUUUCAUUAAAUACACAAAUAAAACAUUCAUGGGUAACUUAAACGAAAAUCAAAAUAUGUCGCGCAAAUUAGUAUUAACUAAAAUUCAAUAAAAAUCAAUGAAAUAGUAUUAAGCUUACAGCAGUAUAAGCACCAAAACGCAUUUAAAUAAAAUCUCUAAAUUGAAAAGCAUUAAUAAAUAUUAGUAGCUGUGACAUUAGAGGUAUAUAGGCAAUCAAACAAAUAGCAAAUCGGAAAACUUAAUUGUAUACGGCGCAAUGUUUAGUCGAUUAAUCAUAGUUUAGUUUCAAAUGAAAUUAAUCUGAGAUUAAUCGACUAUCUUGAAUUCAAAUUUAAAUAUGCUGAAUAAUCGAUUAAUCGAAAAUAAUUCAGCAUGCAAAUUAAAAUCGGAUUAUUAAUUCUGAUUCGAAAUAGUAAAAAAAAAUCUGUAGAAAUAAAUAAUUAAAAUUGUUUAACUCAAAGUGGUCGAUUAAUUAAUCACUCCCGCAAUUAAUCGAUUAUUCACAUUUGCAAAUAAUCACUCAUCUUCACAAAAUCACAACUAACAUAUAAUCGUCUUUUAAAACAAAUUACAGGUAUAUAUUUACUUUAAGAACAAAUAAUAACAAACCACAAUCAACAUCACUUAGCGUACAUUGUAAAUACAAAAGCAUACUAAAUUGUAGCAGAGCAAAUAUACAAUAUAAAUAUAUAAAUCAUUACUGUCAUAAAUCACAAAAUCAUCAAGCAAUUAAUCAAGCCAUCAAUAAAGGUGUGUCACAAAUAAAAUAUACAAUAGUUCAUACAAAAGUUUUAAGCCUAGAAAAUAACUACAUAGGGAACUCUCAAUCAAGUUAAAUAAAAAUACAGCUGUCCUGCAAUGAAUUUAAAAUUUCACUCAAGACUCAAGAUAUCAAGAAAAUUUCAAGUUUUUUUAAAGGUAAGGUAAGGUUUUGUUUUUCUUUUUGUGAAGAAAAUACUUUAUGGGAAAGUUUUGAGCCAAUUAUUGCGAAAUUAUAAACAAAAUUCGCUAGAAAAUCAUAAUUUAGUAGAUUUGUUUUAGCUCAAAAAAGCUUUCGGAGCUUUUGAAGCUUUCAACUGUUAAUUUUUCGAUCAUUAAAAUAUUACAAGCUUUAUGAAAUAUGUAUUUUCAUGACAGCUCGAUGAACUAGACCAAUUAUCAAGCUUUAAAAAGCCUUAAUCAUGAAUGAAAGUGCUAUCUCUUAAUGUCUCUGAUGUCUUAAAGCAACAUAAUUUGCUUUAAUUUCAAUUUCAGUCUUUGAGUAAACAGAAUUUUAAAAUUUUAGCUCAAGCAUUAAGCGUCAAAAGCUGUCAAAAAGCUUUUCGCUAAAGCUUAAAAGCUUGAUGAAAGCUCUAAAGCUUUUAUUGAAAUUUGAAUUUCAGUGCUGAAAGCUCCGAAGCUUUAAAGCAUAAUGAAAGCUGUGAAGCUUUUACUGAAAUAUGUGUUUUAAUGCUUAAAAUGCUGAAGAUAGGACUAUUUCGGUCAGUUUCUUUAUUUUUUGUGAAGUGAAUGAACUUUUGAAAUGAAAAGGCGUGUAAUUAAAACUAACAACAAAAAUAAAUACCGGAUAAGAACACUUGCAGGACAGUGAGUAUUACAUCAAUUAUAUAAUAUUUGUGUACAAAUAACUCAUCAUAUCUCGUCACUCACUUAAGCAUCAUUAUCAGACUUGGAAAUCAGUAAAUUUGCACUAGCGCAAAUACUGUUUGAAUACUGUAAUCACCGAAUAAAUAUCAAUAGCCA